AUGACGGAACCGAUAAUAUUCCCACGGGCUAGACGGGAUAUCUGGUCCGAGUUGAACGAAGAAAAUGAGCUCGAUAGUCUCGGAGAAGGAAAGGAAGAAGCGGAUUUUUUCGAUGAAGAGGUGAAGAAGGAAAUCAGGUGGAAGGAGACAGGAAGUCAAGCCGAGAUGAAGCAGGAUUGUCUGGAUGAUAACAUUACGGUAGAAGGACCGGAACAGACAGACGCUAUUCCACACUUACAUGUACGUAACGUGUCAACAAUAGCAAUGGAACAGAUUCCAGAAGAUCCACCUUCCUCCCCUUCAAGCGCGCCUGAUCCUUCUAUCAUUGCCGACACCACUUUUAUACCACCUUCUUUCCGUCCUUCUAACAUUCUGCAAACUUCUACCCCUCGAGCUCACACCUCGACAUAUCCUUCUGUCCCCACUCCAAGCGAUUAUGGAACUCCCAAGCUUCCUCAUCCAGCACUAGUCAAUCAAGCUUCGACCUCUCGUACUCGCUCGUCCAGAAUUCAUGAUACGCCGGAAUACAUAGCUUCUCCUAUAGAUUCACCCUCUACCAGCCUUCCUCGUCCAUCGAUAGACCCAACUUCGGCAGGAGAAGGUCGAGGCAAGAGAGAUGAUCCAUCUACUCCGGUACCUAUCGGGAAAUCCGCAUUGUCCGAUAUCAAAUCGAAGAGAGACCAUCAAGCGAUUUCCAAGCAUUUCGAUCUAUUAACGAAGGUGCUAGUCAAGGAUCCGACAAAAGGGAAAGGCAAAGGCAGGCAGCCUAUCGGGAAAGCACUUAGCGUUGCUGCUGGGUUAGGAGGCAAGGUGUUCGAUGGACUUCGAUUCUGUUUGACCAGCGAGAUCAAUCAGGCUGCUAAGCUCAAGCAGAGAGCAGAUAUUAUUACGAAUCUCGGCGGUCAAGUUGUUCUACAACCUGAUACCGCUAUCACCCAUGUAAUCUAUGACGUAGGGAAAUCUGUUUCUCUCCUAGCGGCGAAGCUGGGUUUGGAGACAUUGAGCGAACUUCCCCAGGGUACAGUAUGUGUCAAGUGGGACUGGGUAGUCCAGUGCAAGAUGGCUGGAAGAAAACUCGAUCCUACACCUUGGUUGAGCUUUCCCAAAACGUCCUUUUCUCGAGCAGUCUCUGCGAACGCCAUACGACCCACUUCUAGGAUAUUCGAUAUUACGGAUCAGUUGAGAGGUCAAAGCGUUCCUAUAACUAGAAAACGCGAACCCACUGCUUCUGAUUCGGAUACCGAAGAAUCACUAAGAAAGCGAACUCGACUUGGUCAGACGAAAUCAAUCACGCUCUUCCCUCCUGUGAUAGAGCGAUCCGAGACUAAUGCUAUAGCUGGAUCGUCGAAGAUACACCAAAUGGCAAAUAUGGAUAUAACAGUAGCCACAGAGCAUAAUUUGCCUUCUGGACCGGGCUGGGAGAAAGCGUCAAGAACGGCAAGAGAUGCUCUGGAUGAUAUGAUUGCUGGUGUCAUCGAGGGCAGCUUGGAAGAUCCAGAAGCUUCUGACGAAGAUGAGGAGCAGAGAGAUGGAGAUGAAAUGACCAAACAUUCGAGAACGGGCGUUAAUACCAAAAGCAAUGGCUACAAAUGCAGCCAGAAGAAUGACGGGAAAGGCUAUACCGGUCCGAAUGAAUGGCUGGCCAAAAAGUUUGAGGAACUACAUGACUUGUAUCAAGGUCAGGUAGGGAAGAACAGCUUUGCCAUCAGAGGAUAUCAGCGUGCUGCUGGGAUCAUGCGACGAAUUGAUUACCCUAUAACCACUGGUGCACAAGCAAGAGCAAUCCCAGGUAUUGGUCAGAGCCUUGCAGACAGAAUCGACGAGUUCCUGUCUGGAGCACAAGGACGUGCGUUCUACGAAAACACCGAACAAGCUCGCUGUAUCGCUUUAUUCAAGGAUAUCUAUGGAGUUGGUCGUCAACAUGCGAAUGAUCUGUAUCGACUUGGCGCCAGAACUAUUGACGAUCUACGUUCCGGCAGAUUCGCUCUUACCGCCGGUCAAAUGAUCGGUCUACAGCUUUAUGAGGAUUUGAAAGCAAGGAUACCAAGAGAUGAAUGUAGACAGAUCUUCGAGAUUAUCCGUUCUGAAGCUCAGGCGAUCGAUGAUCAAUUAUGGGUAGAGAUCAUGGGUAGUUAUCGACGUGGACAGGAGACCAGUGGGGAUGUCGAUAUCCUCAUUACUCGCAAUGGCGGAGAGGUGAAUAGUAAGAAGGGAGUACUUGGGCAAUUGAUCCAGCGAUUAAAAAAGAGAGGUCUAAUCACUCAUGACCUUGGAACCCCCACCGAUUGGAAUGCAUCGGAAGCGAAAUGGAUGGGUGUAGGGAAAUUGAGUUCAGUACAUAAGCACCGAAGGAUAGACAUCCUUUGUAUACCCUUCGAGCAUUGGGGAGCUGCUGUACUUUACUUCACGGGCAACGAAGUUUUCAACCGUUCCAUGAGGCUUUAUGCCAGGAAAACAGGUUACAGCCUCAAUCAGAGAGGUUUAUACAAAGGUGUACUGAGGGGAAAAGAUGGACUGAAGCAGACUGAAGGGGAACUGGUUGCUUCCCGUACCGAGCAGGAUAUCUUCGAUGCUCUUGGUUUGAGAUGGAGACAUCCUCACCACAGAACACCUUGA